AUGUGGAAAAUUUUGUCAUUUUUCUCGUAUUCAAUUGCAAUUCUCUGUUUAUCAUCUUUAAUAAAACAUAGUGAUUCAGUAGUAGAAGCAGUAGAUGCAACGGCAUAUUAUUCUCCAGCACCGCGAUUGAAUCAUGCGACCGGCUUAAUUGGAGACAAGGCUUAUUUUUUUGGGGGAAAAUUCAGUCAAGAAACAUAUUACAACGAUCUCUUUUACCUUGAUCUUUCGGUGAAUUUCAAUCAAUCUUCACCGCCAUUUGUAGAUUUGAAGGAUAUUCCUGAUAUCCCGGCGCUUCAAAGUUCCGCUUACACGCUUGGAGUAGAUAAUUCUACAUUAUAUUUAUUCGGAGGAUGGGAAGAAACAAGUACCAUUACAGAAAGUAAAAAAGUCUACGUAAUUGACAUAAAACAAGCGAAUUCUACGUGGACUGUAUAUGACAAUGAUACAGCAGCAUACAAGAAUGAUGUAUGGCCGUCUCCUCGUUAUUCUACUUCGACCAAAAUUGAUGGUAAUGGAUUAAUGUAUCUCUGGGGAGGCAUGUUCUGGAGUGCAGAUGGUAACCCACCAAACGACACGACGAUGUACAUAUUUAAUACGAAUACGAAAAAAUGGACCAUAAGUUUACCAGCUAAUGCACCGCUGCAACGGUAUGAUUAUGCUACAACAUUGCUGAGCGAUGGUCGUAUAAUUUAUACUGGUGGUGAACUAUAUGGGCAAAAUGCUUCGGCAAAGAUGGAGGAGGUGUUAAUAUAUGACACAACAAAGCUACAAUGGUCCGUAAAAAUGACAGUUAGUCAAACUCCCGGAGUUCCGCGUUCAGCUCAUACUGCUGUACUUGCGCAAGAUGGAUAUAAUAUAUUAAUUUACGGUGGCUCAUCUGACGAUAUUAAAUUCCCCCUUGUUAUGUUGAAUACAAACAAUUUCACUUGGAGUUAUCCGACUCUUAUUGGAAAUUACGGGCCAAAAUUUUUACCUCGGUUACACACAGCAACCUUAUACAAGAAUUACAUGAUUAUUGCUUUUGGUCAGCGAAACGGAAAUCCAAGCUCGGAAAUCAAUAUUCUAGAUAUAUCAAACUUAACCACCUAUAACGUUGCCACCUGGGUUUCAUCAGCUAGAUUAUCUUCUGUUGACACAAACGCAACGACGACGAAUACCACACCAACGACUGACUCUCCAUCACCAUCACCACUAACAAGCAAUCAAAGUGAUAGUUCGAAUAAUCAAAAUGUAAUUAUUGGUGGUUCAAUAGCUGGUGUUGUCGUUGUGAUUUUAAUUGUUGGGGCAGCAGCUUUUCUCUUUUAUCAGAAACGUAAAAAAAAAUCGAGUAUUGCCGAUGAUAGUCAACAUGAACAAUUACAACAUGAGCAAUUGCAUGAAGUUGUUCUUGAUACAUCAAAUAUCGAUAUUGAAUCACGACAUGAACAUUCUUCGCAGGUCGCAGAUAUUGAAUCACGACAUGAACAUUCUUCGCAGGUCGUAAAUAUAUGA